AUGUCUCAAACCGACACUUACUAUUCCACUUCUUCAGCCUCAUUUAUAUCCAAAAGAAAGAAAAGAGUUUCGACCGUCACUGAUAAAUCUGGUGAUACUGAAAGAUCAUCCCGAAGAGGUCUGUUUGGAUUGAAAUCCAAAUCUAGAGAUUCAGCUUCUAGUUCAAGCAGCAUGGGACUUUCGGAUACCAAUGUAUCCGGCUCAGUACACUCGAGAGAUUUUGCGACACCCCAACCUGUUUCGGAUGAUUAUAUGUCCACCGUCGACGACAAACCUGCUGAACCGAUACGCUCAUCAGAUGGUUAUAUCAUUAUUGACCGUCCCAGACAAUCCCCGUCUCCAAAUUCGUUUGGCUCCACGGCUGAUACGGUAUUCGAUGCUCAUCCUGAUAUAGCGGAAGCGGAGGAUGAACUGGAGCGUAAGAGGGUUCAAGCGUACCUUGCCAAAGAAGCCGAGAUUACUCAUCUGAGAAUGAUGACUUCCGAGAUACGUGGCAAAAAUACCGUGAGCGAAUACACCGAAGAAUGCGAUUAUAAUGAUACUGGUAAGUCGGAUUAUACUCAAAAGAAUCAGGAAAGGUCAGAGCAAGCUAGAAAGAUCUUGAAACAGACUAUGAACUUUAGCUUUUGA